GGUAAACUUCCACUGUGUGACCUUUGACCCCUGUGGAGACCAGGAAGUGCCAACGCAGUGCGACCCCGGGCUGACCCCUGCGGGACAGAACUCCAACCGGAGCGUCGAGGAGAAGCCCGUCUGUAACACCGGGAGGACGGGUUCUGGAGUGAGCUGGAUGCUGUGUGACACGGAGACGGACCCGCCCGCUCUCCGUGGCAACGCCUCGCUGUCAGGGAGGAGGGUGUCGCUAUCAGUGUUGUCUGAAGGAGGGAACGCGACUUUGUACGGCUUACUGACAGAGGAGCAGAAGGAGGGGGAGGUAGAGGGGGAGGAAGAGGGGGAGGAACAAGGACAAGGAUUCAUCUACUGCUGUUUUCAAACCCCGCCCCUUUCCAUACCAACCAAUCACAGCCAGUGUCUCCUUCAUCUCCACACCCAAGGAACCAAUGAGACAGCUGUAAAGUCUGACCUGCCCUGGACACAGCCACCUGGAAGUGAGUGGUUGUGUGUCUUCAGGGUGGCGUGGUUGGUCCUGGUGGUUGUGGUCAUGUUGACCGUCCUCACCACGGUCCUGGGUCUGAUCUACUGGAGGACGCGCUGCUGUCGAAAGGAGCCCAGAGUGUAUCCAGCCAGUGUGUUCCAGACCAGAGGAUUCAACACAGACCUCCCUGAUGUCUCUGUCUCACUACAUCACUCCUCAGGUACCUCUCUCUCCCCCCUCCCAGAGGAGCCCAGUGUGUUCCAGACCAGAGGAUUCAACAUGGACCUCCCUGAUGUCUCUGUCUCACUAAAUCACUCCUCAGAGCUGCUGCUCAGGACGACAUACUGGACAGGCCUGUUGUCACCUAUUCAUGAAGAGAAGACUGCAGAGGACGAGCCUCGUCAGGGUUACUACGGUAAUGACACAGCGCUCCACCACCGUGGCCACCCUCUCCACUCAUCCCUUUCUCCUGAAGAGCUCUAGAUGACACCAAGACAUUACUUCCUUUUAACAUCUUGACAGUUUUUUUUAAAACUAAAGAAUGGAGUCCCCGAAUGCUGUCUUGAUGGGGGGGGGUUAUUGUACUCCUCCUGGGUCCUGGAGAUCCUCAAAAGACCCCCAAAGGACAUUUCUCCCCCGUGGGGAUAUUCCCCGCCCCCCACGAGGACAAAGGCUAUUUUAGGAUUAGAGAAAGUAGGAUUUUAUAUGGAAAAACGUGUGUGUGUGUGUGUGUGUGUGUGUGUGUGUGUGUGUGUGUGUGUGUGUGUGUGUGUGUGUGUGUGUAAAGACAUGGCUCUGAAACAGUUAAAAGGUUUAAAAAAGGUGUUUUUAUUUUUCGUUGUUGGUAUUUUGUGAUUCAAGAUUCCGUUGUCAGAUUCCAUCUCCGUUACCAUAGCAGCAGAUUAAUAAAUGAUCCAACAAUGACUUAAUAAACCAGUGGAUCUAAAAACAAAUACACACAUAGAAAUAGAAAUAUAGAACAUUAUAGUUCUGGUCCUUUUUUUGUCUUUGUCCGUUAAUGUCAAGGUUUGUUGUUCUCCCAUUUAAACAAGUUUCGUUGUUCUAACAUUUAAACAAGGUUAGUUGUUCUAACAUUUAAACAAGGUUAGUUGUUCUAACAUUUAAACAAGGUUAGUUGUUCUACCAUUUAAACAAGGUUCGUUGUUCUACCAUUUAAACAAGGUUAGUUGUUCUACCAUUUAAACAAGGUUAGUUGUUCUACGACGUAAAGAAACACCCCUUCAUUAAGCAGGGAACAUCAAUACCUGCGGCAUGUAGCCUAGCGGUUAGCGCGUUGGUUAGCGGUUAGCGCGUUGGUUAGCGGUUAGCGCGUUGGUUAGCGGUUAGGGCGUU